AGCUCGUCCGACUCACCAGUGACUUCAGAAGGCCCAGUGUGUGUGUUUUUAAACGAUGCUAGUAGGAGUCGCGCAUAAACACCCACAUUUUUAUCAGUAUUAAUCACUUGCGCGUCAGGAUGAUUAUAGAUAAUGUUGACGCUCUGAAAUCCUGGCUGGCUAAACUUCUUGAACCCAUAUGUGAUGCUGACCCAUCUGCAUUGGCGAACUACGUUGUGGCGUUAGUAAAGAAGGACAAACCAGAGAAAGAACUGAGAGCGUUGUGUGCAGAUCAGUUGGAUGUUUUCCUUCAGAAAGAAACUACAGGGUUUGUCGAUAAACUCUUUGAAUGUCUAACCAGCAAAAAUUAUUUGGGACCUCCAGCUGUUAAAGAAGAGGUCAAAAUUCCAGUACAGAAGAUUGAGGAGAAAGAAGAGACUGGUCAUGUUGAAGAUGAUAGGGAGAACAGAAGAAGACGAAGUCCAUUGAGAAAUCGUUCAGACUUCAAUGAAUCAAGGGCUAGAGAUGACCGCAGGAGAGAUGACCGUAAGCGUAGAGAAGUGGACCGUCACUUGAAAAGUGGAGAAUCAUACCGAGACCGACAUGAGCGGCGAGGAGGAAGCUCACGGGGGAGAAGCUACAGUCGCAGCAGGAGUCGUAGCCGCAGUGGUAGCCGUGGAAAGAGCAGAGAAAGAGAGCACAAUCAGAGAAGAGCGGAGCACAGAUCCAAAUUUGAGCAGGAGCGAAAGGAAACCGAGCCUUACAACCCAUCUUCAGCCCAUUUGGGUAACCCACACCACCAGCAGACCCAUCCACCCCCCUUGCUCCCUCUGCCCCUUCCUCAGCACCAGUUUCCCUCUUCAGGGAGCCCCGCCGUCCCCAAAGCUGCAACCGUGGUAGCACCAGUUCACCUGCCUGACAGCACUACAGAGAGCUGGUCCGCAUACUUCACCAACCAUUCAGACGGCAAGACGUUCAACAAGAGCAGCACACUAAAACACCGCUGCCGUGAUUACGACGAGAAAGGAUUUUGUAUACGAGGUGAUCUCUGUCCUUUUGAUCACGGCAAUGAUCCUCUGAUCGUGGAUGACGUUACACUUCCUACCAUGAUCCCGUUUCCACCCCCACCAGCCCUGCCACGGAUGCCCAUGCCACCAAUGACAGAACCUCCCCCUGGCAUGCCCAUGCCUCUUCCACCGCAUGGACAGCCCCCGCCUCCAGGCAUUUACCCCAUGCCAGCUGGAUGCCCCCCUCCAAUACUGUCACGGCCCACUGGGGGCUUGCUGCCCACAGGACCUCCUCUAAUCCCAGCUACUGGGAUAGACACUCCACCCCACUCCAGAACCAGCACCUCUUCCCCUUUGGCCCUUCCUGGAGUGGGACCACCUCCUCCUCCUCCUCCACCACUUCCUCCUUCCUCUUCUUCCUCCUCUUCUGCCUCUCUCCACCCUCAGUACACAAUCUCUGAAUACAACUAUGACCCUGAGGCCUAUAACCCAGAGUCUCCAGGACUGACCGGACCUGGCAGAGCUCAGUACCGUCAUUUCAUCCCUCGCAUCCAGACACAGAGACCCAACCUUAUUGGACUCACCUCUGGAGAUGGACUAAACUCUCGAGCAGCUAACAUAGUGAUCCAGACAGAGCCAUCAGUCACGGGUGUAUCAAACAGUGAGCUGAGGUACAACUCUGAGCAAGAGAACAGGAAGAGAUGUCUACCGUCUACAGAUGGACCACAGGCCAAAAAACCCUGGAUGGACAAGCCAAAUUUUAAUAACCAGCAUAAACCCACAUUUCCGAAAAAGCACCUCUAUGUCAACACCAAACUAGAAGUUCGCAGAAUCCCUCGUGAGCUUAACAACAUCACCAAACUCAAUGAGCACUUCAGCAAGUUUGGCACAAUAGUCAAUAUUCAGGUGGUGUUUGGUGGCGAUCCGGAGGCAGCAUUGAUCCAAUAUACAGCCAACGACGAGGCUAGGAGAGCUAUCUCCAGCACUGAAGCCGUUCUCAAUAACCGCUUCAUCAGAGUUUACUGGCAUAGAGAGGCCACAGCCAACGCACAGGAGCAGGGACCCAGUCAGAGCACAAACCCUGGACAACAACAUCCCCCGACACACAAGGUUAUUAACAAGCAGCACCCUGCAGCAUCUUAUGUCCUGAAUAAGACCUUCCCAAAACACCAUGCUGCCACAGCAACCGCAGGCAUCACGGGCAAUACUGAACCAACCAGUCCAAGUCAAGAACCCUCAGUGGGACUGACACCACCUUCAAGUUUAGUGAAAGGUCCGUUCUCUCGCACCGUGUUGAAAGCUGCAUCAAAAUCAUUGGGAAAAACUGGCAAAGCACUGGAAGCUCAAGAGGUUCUGAAAAAGAAGCAGGAGGCACUGAAACUGCAGCAAGACAUGAGAAAGAAGAAACAAGAAAUGCUUGAAAAACAGAUUGAAUGUCAGAAGGUCCUGAUAAACCGCCUGGAGAAAAACAGAGGAAUGAAGCCAGAGGAGAGGGCCAACAUCAUGAAGACUCUCAAAGAACUGACAGAAAAGAUCUCUCAGCUGAAGAACGAGAUCAGCCCGACCGCACAAGCUACUGCCAACACAACACAAUCCAAGUCAAAAACAGACGCACAGAAAGAAUUGCUUGACGCCGAGUUGGACUUCCAUAAGAAGCUGACAUCAGGAGAAGACACCACUGACCUCAAGAGGAGGUUGGGAUUGUUGCAGGUGGAAGCUACACGAUUGGGACUAAUACCAGCUGGGCGUGGCAAACCAUCAUUGCCACCAACCCGAGGCAGAGGGAGGGGCAGAGGGCGGAACCUCAGGGGACGUGGAGGAGCCAAUCACAUGGUGGUAGACCACCGGCCCCGAGCACUGUCCAUUAUUGGCUUCACUCAGGAGGAGAAGGAAGAACUCAUGCCACAUUUUGUGAAAUUUGGUGAAAUCGAAGAGCUUCGUGACCAUGAUGCUUCCAGUGUCGUGAUGACAUUCAAAACCCGCAGUGAAGCAGAAAACGCUGCAAACCAAGGAGCGAAAUUUAAGGGUCGAAUUCUACAAAUCUCAUGGUACAAACCUAAAACCCCCUCCGUGUCCACAGAACCAGAAGAGGAAGACUCAAAGGAAGAGGUCAACACUGCAGGAAUCCAUGUAAUGACGGAGCCAGUGAGUCCCUUUCUGCUCCCAGAAGAAGAGGAAGAAGACGAUGAUGAAGACGAUGAAUAUGAGAGCCGCUCAUGGAGACGAUGAGGAAGGGGAAGCGGCGCCACCUUUCGUUCAAGGACUAUUAUUUUAAUUAGUUUUUUGGUUUGUAAUUUAAGUCCAUUUGAAUGAGACAUUUUUUUCUAAAUGAGGGUUUUCAGUAUUUUGAGAGCUGAAGAAAUGAAAAGGGCAAGGAGCGUUCUCUCUCCAGGAGAACAUACGUGAGAUGACUUGCAGUGUUUCUGUCUCUCUGAAAUUCUGCAUUAUAUAUCAAACUCUCACUUUUGCUGAGAGCGAGCGCAAAAUGCUUCGACCACGAGACAUUUUGUUUCACUGUGCAUGAGCAGAUGUCAGUAACUCACAACAUUUGUGACUACUGUGAAUUUCUUUUUAAUCACUAAAUCGUUUCACCCAUUUCCCACCACGAAGCUUCAUCUGCACUUUGUGCCACUUUGGCCUUGGUAGAAAUGAUUUUGAUGGCGUCAUUCCCAUUAAAGGCAUCUCUUUCCUUUGUGAAGAAACGAAAUGCCUUCAUGAUGUCAACCCCCCUUCAUAUCUUUUGUAUCUGAUUUCCAAAAUAUCACCCAAUAUAAAUGUAUAUAUAUCCCUAGGUGAAAUUAUAACUUUUUUUCCUUCUCAUAUUGUGCUACUUCCUGUAAAUAUUCAAUCCGUAGAAGAUAUAUGUGGCACACUUCGUUUUGAUCAGUGUGUUGGACUGUUCAUAUUUAUUUCUCACAUCUAGGUGAUCUUCCAAAACCAUAAAGAGUUUGGAUGAGGAUUCCGAGAAAAUUGUUAGUUGGGGUGAACAUAGGUGUUGUGAAUGUAUUCCAGAUUGAUUUACAUUUCAUUUUCGCCUUAUGUCGUCAGUGUACCGCUGGCGUUUUAUAAGAUUUGUGGCUCUUUUUUUUUUCCACACUCUCAGAAAUAAAGGUACGCAAUCUGUCACUGGGGUGGUACCUUUUCGAAAGGUACAAAUACCUAAAAGGUCCAUAUUAAUACCUCAAGGGUACAUAUUAGUACCUAAACAUCUUAAGAGGUAUACUUUUGUACUUUUUAGGUACUAAUAUGUACCCUUGAGGUAUUAAUAUGGACCUUUUUAGGUGUUUGUACCUUUCGAAAAGGUACCACCCCAGUGACAGAUUGCGUACCUUUAUUUCUAAGAGUGCAGUGUAUAUUUUGUAAAUGGUUGCAGUGGUAACGACUUUUUAUUUUAGCUGUAAAAUGAAUCAAUCACCAAAUGAAUCUCUCUCCGAACAAUUUAAGUGAGCUUACGGCUUCAGCUAAACUUUUUUUUUUUGGCAUCGUUGAACCACAAUCGUGUGUAAUUACACUUGUGGAGAAUUUUAUUUCCAUUAUUGACACUCCUAAAGCCUGAUCCUGUGGAAAAGGGUCCAAAACGUACCCUUUUCUAUAACCUUAAAUGUUAUCAUAGAGCAUGCUGGCAUCCGUAUGCUUGUGUUCAUUUGGGGGGAAAAAAGAAAAUAUAUGUACGUAUGCAUAUAUAUUUUUUUAAUGAUCAUAUUUACAUACUUUGCUAAAAACAAUUAAGAUUUAAGUUCCUUUUAAGAAAGGAUCAGUGUAAAACUUUCCUAGUCUAUGGUUGAUGUGGCAUUUGAAAUCGCACGUUGCUAUGCCAUCGGAAUCCAAACAUUCAGUGACGAUCCUUUUUCCCCAGCGCCUCUCGAUUAGUUGUACAUAUUGUUUUUGUAAUCUCCACUCAAUAACUCAGUCGCUCAUGAAAAGUCUGGCCGGUCUUUAAGUUGGUUUUGUACACGAGUCUUGUCGGACUGUGUGAAUUUCAAGAAUGGAUUUUGAUCAUUUAUACAACUGUUUUAUUAUACCACAUUAGUACGAUGUCAUACAUUUAGCGUGAAUAGAUUUUGACUUUAUUACUGUUUAUAAAACGUUAUUAAUGUAUUUUUCAGUUUGCUGUUUGUAAAAUGGAUUUCUAACAGUUGCAUGUUUGCUAAUCAAUAAAGAUAAUGGAAUGGAGGUGAGAAAUGAGAAUAUGAAGGGGGACAAAAAACAACAAUUGGCUAAAAAUAUAAACAUUUGCAACUAAUAAAAAAAAAAAGAAAAGAAAAUAGAAAUCUGAGCUAAAAGAAUGACGGAAAAAAGGAAAAACUCUAUGAUCCAUUCCAAGAAUUAUUACCCUCUGAAACAGUUGUCGUGUGCUUUUCUUUGUGUGCACUGCAUUCAUUCGUUUUCUUUUUGGCUUAGUCCUUUUAUUAAUCUGGGGCAGAAUGAACCACCAACUUAUCCAGCAUGUUUUACGCAGUGGAUGCCCUUACAGCUGCAACCCAUCACUAGG